AUGGCGACGGAACGAUCUUUGGCUACCUUGCUGCGGUCGCUGCAGGCGACUUCCAGCUUCCAGGAUGCUGCUACUCUUCUUCCGACGGCAACUAGUUUCUUGUCUAUGCUGGGAAACCCUUUGAAUUUGACAUUGCUUUCUUCGCAGCUUCUUACUGCGCCCUCGUUGUGGAGUCACCCGGUCGAUUUACAGGCGUGUCGUAAGAUCCUCAGCGUCUUCAAUACUGCUGCUAUCGCUGUCUUGCAGAAUGAUACGACCGACGAGCCGCGGAUACCCUAUGGACGGAACAGAAAGAUUGAGUGCGAUGCUUGGGUGAAGGCUGUUGCAGAGGGUGCGGAUGAUAAGUCACCACGGUGGCGGCAUAUGCUUCUGCUCGGUGGAAUCUUGAUGGGAUUCGAGGGUCAGAACCGACAGGGCUUACCACGGCAUAUUCGGGUUAAGCUUGAAUCGGCACUUUCGACCGCAGCACAACUGGCGCUCCAGGAACUGGGCCCGGACACCGGAAUUGAUGGCCAGUGCAUCAGCAUGGUGCUCAAUUAUACGUUCGAACUACUGUCGGACUUCGAGAGGAGCAAGCUGGACUAUGAUCGAUUGCUUCCUGCGAUGAUUCAAUCUGCGUUCCUGUCCUCGGAAGGGCUGGAAGGUGGAUAUUUCCUUGGGUCCAUCGAUCAGGACGUCGUUGAAGCUUCAAAUAAACAGUUCAAGUGGUCGUCCAACUCUCCUACGUUUAUGAUCGUUUCUGCGGUGUCUGCUCGUCCGCUUGUGUCAACCCUUGGACCUUUGUCGCGGCUGAUUGCGCACUCAAUUGAUAAUGUUCGAGACCCGAGGAUCGUCGCUCAGGCUGUGGAUUACCUCGCAGAUUUUGUGCGCACACUCAUGGUUCAAUGGCGACAAAACAAAUUGUCGGAGAUCGAUUCUGCAGAGGAAGCUGAAUUCCUAGACGCUGAAUCACGAGAAGUAACCGUUCCUGCGCUAUGGAAGACUUUACGGAACUGCUUGUACUCGAUCGUCAUUACUCUCCGGGCAGUUCUGGGGCGAACCAUUAACGAUCCAGCGCUUGCAGCCAAUAGCAGCGCUCCGUAUCUGUCGAUGCAAUGUCUGCACAUUCUGCGGAAUAUGUACUUCAUCUCUUCUCGGCUUGGUCAGAAUGCUUCGUCGCAACAAACUUUCGUUUUGCUGGCAGCCAUCGAUAUUCUUUCACAAUACCCCUUGCUCGCGGAGAACUUCCUGCGAAGCAUCAAGCCGAGCGAUAUUGGACAGAUUCCUGCUCAUCCGGUUGAAAGAUGUCUAGAUCUGUUCUUCUUGAACGUCGCAGAGCACUUCCCUCUUGUUCUGCAAACAGAAACAAGCGAGGAACUGUUCCUGUCUGCGGCGUUCCCAUAUCUUGCAGCAGGUGCCAACAGUCUUCUUUUGGAGAUAUUCGAAGCCGCUCACAGUCUGGUCCUGGUCGUCUUUGCCGUUCCCCAUAAUUCGGAGCUAGCUGCCAAGCAUCUCCCCUUCUAUAUCCACAAUCUCUUUGCGGUUUUCCCCAACAACCUUUCCGCACGCCAAUUCCGCCUUGCUUUCAAGACCGUUAUACAAAUCACGGCCCCUCCUUCUCCCUUAGCGAAUACCCAACCCCUGCUUCCUUCCAUUCUAUUAGAGGUCGUUCAUGAACGUGCAAUGAACGCAUCCUCUACUCCAAUCCCACAGCCAGCCCCUGGCCCCGAUAUGAGCCAGAGCCCACCUCUCUCCGAACAAGCCGUUCUGACACUGGCUCUUCUCGAUUCACUCGCAUUCCUCCGCGUCCCAGACCUCAAGGAAUGGCUUCCGUUAGCCGCACAGCUGAUCAAUGCGAUCGCAGACCGAGACAUGCGACAUAUUUGCAUAGAUCGAUUGUGGGAGGCGCUGGCUGGCGGCGAAAUGGACGUUGAUCGUGCCCACUGCUGUGUCACUUGGUGGAGCACCGAGGGUGGGCGUGAACUCGUCCUCUUCGGCGCCGAGACAGCCGACGCUGCUCCUGGCGAACCCGAUGCAAACGGGCCUUACAUGACCGGCGCUGUUGGAGAUGUUGCGCCGGAAAGUAAGCUAUAA